CUUGUAAUAUCGAUAAAAGAUUUAUUUUCAUAAUAAUUUAAUUACCAAGUGAUUUAUAUAUGUAGAAAACAUUUGAUCUGAUACUCGAUAACUGAUAACGACUUAAUGCGCUACUUUGCUGCACGAAUACAUCUGGGGAUGAUCCUUUAUAUAAGUCUAUGAAACAAUUCGAAUUGUUUGAAGACGCACUACCCACCAUGAUGUUCAAGAUAUCUAUUUUAUGCUGUACGUUGCCGGUGAUUUUAGGAGUGCCAUUUACAGGACAACAGCAUGAAUCGAAUCACACCACUGAUACCGCAUUUGAGUUUAAUGUUCCAACCCCUAAAGAACUUGCAGAAAAAGCGGGAUACAUAGCCGAAACUCAUCGAGUCGUCACAGAGGAUCGGUACAUUUUGCAACUGGAUAGAAUCGUAGGAUCGGACCAAAUACCUCCAUCUGACGAUAAAAUAGCUGUAUUACUUCUCCACGGAGUUUUCGAUUGCUCGGCUUCGUGGCUUUUGUCAGGUCCUGGAAAGAGUUUAGGUUUCAUAUUAGCAGAUUGGGGAUACGAUGUAUGGUUGGGUAAUGUGCGUGGCAACAGGUACUCACGAAACCACUUGGAUUGGACUGUUUCAGAGCAAGAUUUUUGGAUGUUCAGUUGGCAUGAAAUCGGAGUGUACGAUCUGCCAGCGAUGAUCGACCAUAUCCUCGCUCAAACAAAGAAAGAGAAAAUCUUUAUCAUAUCACAUAGCCAGGGUGGUACCUCGUUCUUUGUAAUGGCUAGCGAACGGCCAGAAUAUCAAGAGAAGAUAAUCGCCUCUUUUACUUUGGGUCCAGCAGUCUUCAUGUCCAGGACAAAAAGUCCUCUAUACCGUUUCUUGGCUCCUCAUUCCAAAGAUAUCAAUUUCAUAACGGAUUUGAUAGGCAUGUAUGAAUUUAAGCCAUCGGAUAAACUCAUACAGGAGCUUGGAACAAUUCUGUGUGAUGAUGAAGCACUUUUGCAACCAAUAUGUAAAAACAUCGUAUUCUUGUGUGCUGGCUUCAGUAACGAACUUAAUACGACUCUAUUGCCUGUUAUUGUGCAAUAUGAUCCUGCUGGUUCAUCUGUUAGGCAAAUCGCACAUUAUGGACAAUUGAUUAGUUCAGGCAAGUUCCGGAAAUUUGAUCACGGCCUUAUCGGCAAUAUGAAAAAAUACGGUACGAUACAUCCUCCUGAUUAUAAUUUGGCCAACGUUAAGGUACCAGUGUAUUUACAUUACGGUGUCAAUGAUAUGUUUAUCAAUGUUCAGGUUCGUAUGCUGUUUAUCGCGGUGCUUCAGCUUCUACUGAAUUUUUCAAGUUUCUCUUUCUUGUUAAUAUCUUUACAGGACUUGAAUCAAUUGUACAAAGCACUACCCAAUGCUCAGAAAUUUUUAGUUCCAUCCGAUACCUUUGGGCAUACUGAUUUCUUAUGGGGCAAGCAUGUAGAUGUUUGGGUAUACAAUAAAAUUUUAAGUCUCAUGGAAAAUCACAAAAAAAUGAAUAUUAUUGGACUAUGAAGUGCAAAUUAUGUUAAUAAGAACAUGAUUGAACAUAAA